UUCAAAACUUGCAAAACCAGUCCAUUCUCAACUCUCUUCUUCUUCGAUCUUCUUUCACCAACAUCAAAUGGAAGCAUCACAUUUCUUACAAAGAAGGAGCUUUGCUACAACUCUGCCUCACCACAGGCAUGUGCAUGCUCACAAGCUGAGGCGCUCUUCGAUAGUUGCAGUGCUGUCAACUCCGGCAGAUGUUAUAAACAUAGAGGCGGAUAAAAGCAGAAUAAGACCGGCAGAUGGUGCAGCAGAAAAGAAAAGUGUCUAUAAUGAUAACUGGUUUGAUAAACUGGCCAUUGAUCAUCUGUCUCAAAAUGUCCAAGCUGCAUCAGGGUUGAGAAACAGAAAGAGUGGAUUUGAGAGCCUGGUAGAGGCAGCUAGCGCUGCGUCGCUAAACUUCAAUCCAGAAAAACAAAGAGAAAUAGUUGUUCAAGCUCUUGAGGGUGCAUUUCCAAGGCCAAUACUUUCCCUGAUUAAGGCAUUACUACCAGAAUCUAAACUUGCAAGGGAAUACUUCGCCGUCUUUACCACCAUCUUCUUCGCCUGGCUGGUCGGACCAUGCGAGGUGAGAGAAUCAGAGUUCAAUGGAAGCAAAGAGAAAAAUGUAGUCCACAUACCAAAAUGCAGGUUCUUGGAGGAAACCAAUUGUGUAGGGAUGUGUAUUAACAUGUGUAAGAUGCCAUCUCAAAGCUUUAUAAAGGAUACAAUGGGAAUGCCAGUCAACAUGGUUCCAAAUUUUGAUGAUAUGAGCUGCCAGAUGAUAUUCGGGGAGGAGCCUCCAGAGCUACUUAAUGAUCCAGCACUCAAGCAGCCAUGCUUCAAACUAUGCAAAGUAAAACAAAGGCACAAUAACUGCUCCAGUUAGACACCAUGGGGAUGCUUUCCAAGGAAAAAGAGUACAGUGUUUUGCGGAGUUGAGCACAUGAAGUGGUGAAACGAUUGUAAAUAAU